AACUAUGAUGACAGUUGAGGAACUAGCGCCUAUCGAAGGCUUGAAUGACACCCAAGGAGGAUUUUUGCGACUACUAUCUGCCGUGACAUUUGCUAGCGUUAAGCAUAAAGACCAGCGAAGGAAAGACAAAGAUUCAACACCAUACAUUAACCACACGCUGGGUGUUGCUCAGAUAUUGGCACAGAGUGGUCAUGACGACUUAGAGACACUUCAAGCGGCAAUUCUACACGAUACUAUAGAGGAUACCAACACCAGCUUGCAAGAAUUGCAACACUACUUUGGCAAUAAAGUCGCGUCUAUUGUUCUUGAGUGUACAGAUGACAAAGGUUUGCCAAAAGCUGCCAGAAAGCAAGCACAGAUCAACAAAGCAAAGAGUGUGUCUUUAGAAGCUAAGCGCGUAAAACUUGCUGACAAAUUAUACAAUCUGCGUGAUUUACAGAGAAGUGCACCAACUAACUGGUCAACAUCUAGAAUCAAGGAAUAUUUCAUUUGGGCACGUAAGGUAACAAGUCAGAUUGAAGACGCAUCGCAUGUAAUUUCAAGAAACCUCAAUGAAGUUUAUGAAGCAGGACGCUUUACGAAAGAUGGAGAAAUUCAUUUUUGUAUAGAUAAAUAGAACGUUAAAUUUUUCAUUUUCGUAUCUUAAAACCUUUUUAUGCAGGUAAUUCAAACUUCUGACCCUUAAUAACCUUAGUGAAGUAAAUGUAGAAGAAAUCGGCAUAUAAUGCGGUUUGGACGAGACCUGAAAUGAUUGCGAUUGGGUCAACGAAGGAUUCAGUUGCGUAUCUGUAGAUCCAGUUUGGUAUGUAGAGUGCUCUAUAUGCGCCCAAAGCGAAUAAGUAGUGAGUUGUGAUUGUUUCAGCUUCGCCUGUUCUUUGUAACAAGAACAAUUGUGGGAGGAUUGCAACGGAUUCCAAGUAAAUUGAGAAGGCCCACAAGACUUCACUUAACCAAGCAUCCUUAUCGGCGUAGUUGAAGAUAAGUGAUAAUAAAAUGGAAGGUACUAUAAUGUAAGGUAAGCUAAGGGUGUCAAUUGAAGGAUCCAUUGUUGGUCUAAACUUGAAUUUCAUCAAGUAGAGAGUAUAUGAUGAGCUAGCGAUGAAGAAUAGUUUCAUUAGGCUAUUGUAUAAAGACACGUAAGUCCAAAACAAGUCUAAAUAUCUCGAAAGGAAGACGAUAACGUAUAGUAGUUGAGAUUUAUAUGAUAUACCUCUGCAUGACCUCGAUUGUUGUAUCUUGUGUAUUAAAAUGAGUAUACUAGUAAGAUGUGAUAAAUCACCUAAAAAUCUAAAUAAAUUCAUCUUUAAGGU